AUGAAGCAACUACAUCAACAGAUUGAAGACAUUAAGCCGCUGCUAGUAACAGUGAAUCAACGUGGCGACGUAGAGUUUUUCUUAAAGAGCGAAGAUACUGCUGAUGCAUGCAAAGCGAUUUCACGUCGUAUUGUGCACAAAAUCACUGGUGAUAGGAUGUCCUUGUUGGUUGACAAAGUCGUCGCGCCAUGGACGAAGUUGAGCAGGGAAGAAACUGCAGUGAUCCAGGAAGUUGUUGACAGUCGAUAUAAUCAUGAUACUCGUUCGCUCGAUCUUAGCGAAUUUGCCUUGGACCAAAAGUUCAAAGACCGUGAUCUUCAUAUGAUGCUCAACAAGAACAAUGUUAUGUUGACAGUUGUGGAUAGGAUAGAUGAGCGUUACGGUUCAAUCACAGCACUUAGCCUCCAAGGCAAUCGCUUGCGGUUCCUUGACUAUGCUGCAGUACUUGUGAGCGUUACAAAGCUUUUGAAAGUGCUCGAUCUUUCCAAUAAUCAAGUGUGUUCAAAGCAGACUGCUUCACUUCAGUUUUACUAAAU